AUGAGAUUCACUCUUUCCAAGUUCAUAGGCCUAGCCCUAGUUACUUCAGCCCUUGCAUCUCCUGUGGGGAACGACGAGUUGGUAGUGAGAGAUACAAUUCUCGAGCCAAGUUCUGACUCCUCAAUCAUCGAGGGCCGAGCUCCCAGUAGCUCUGCCAACUACCUCAUCUACCCAAAGGCCAAUGCAGUCAAGAAGGAUGUCGAAGCAUUCACCAAAAGCCUUCAGUCGCAGGCCGGCAAGGCCAAGGUGGACACUCUCACCGAUGUGAAUGGCAAGCUUCUAGCUUGGUACGCUACACUCAGCGCAAGCCAAGUUGCCGCUAUCAAUAAAAGCAGUGUUGUCGGAUCAAUUGCUCCUGAUGCGCCGCUCAAGACCAAGGCGAAAUCAUCCGUAAUUACCAAACGAGCUCUAAAGACCGAUAAAAAGGCUCAGCCUGAGCUUCAGAUGUUCUCAACUGCUCCUGGCAAGAAACCUUCUGGCUACAUUUAUGAUGAGAAGGCCGGCGAAGGCGUCACUAUCUAUGUCCUUGACGAAGGCUUCAACCUCAAACACAAGGAAUUCACCUCGUCUCCUGGUAGAAAGAGGUGGAUCUUCUCCAAGGGCGCCUCCGGUGAGAAUGACCCCGACGGCCACGGUUCCUGCUGUGCAUCCAAGGCCCUUGGCAGCACGGUUGGAGUUGCGCCGAAAGCGGAUCUCGUAGCUGUCAAGCUCCAGUUGACUUCUUGGUCGCUUCUCAAGGCAUGGCAAGCAGUUGUCUUGGAUGUUCAGCAGAACAGACUCCAAGGGAAGGCUGUUGUGAGCAACUCAAAGGCUUCUAUUGGUUGGAGUGUCGACCGUAACGAAAACUGGUUCCGAGAUGCCCUCGAGACUCUCCUGAAGAACCUUGAGGCUCUGGAUGUUGUUGUCGUGAGCUCGUCUGGAAACUUCGGCUCUCAUAUUGAUGUCAGCACAUAUCCAUCGCUUUUCUCCGACCGAAUUCCGAUCAUUGUUACUGGAGCUGUCGAUAACAAAGGAAAUCUUGGUCCGUUCUCCCAGGGCGGUCCUCUCGUCACCACCACUGCCCCUGGAGUCGCCGUCAAGUGCGCUGCUAUGAGUGGCACAUCAGCUUACCAGGCAGGUGAAGAGUCAACCGGAACAUCCUUCUCUACACCUGCUGUUGCUGGAUUGGCAGCCUAUUUCCUAUCGCUUGACUCCUUGAGACCUCGACUUCAAGUCCCUGGUUCAGUAGCUAGGAACGUCAAGGCACUUAUUCAGGAGCAUCACUACGCACGCGUCCCAGGUGGACCCAAGGUUGCAUGGAACGCGCAGACUCUUCUGAGGAACUGA